CUCGACUCCCACAAACAUCUCACAGAACAAAGACUCACCAUCUGCUUGCUUCUGAAUUGCUCCCCAUCAGUGACUUAACCAUGUCACACCCCCACAGCCGGCAGAUAUGCACCGACUGCACCGUAAUAUUCCAAAAGGCAGGUUCUGUCUUGACAUCGGGAAUCACCGAAACAGUCUCGUCCUUGCCAUUGGAUCAGUCAUACCGAGAGCGAAUAAUCCGACACGUUCAUCAAAACCAAUGUGACAUGUGCUCUCUCAUCAGCAACACCAUCCCGGCAAUCAAUGACCCCCUAGACUCCAAAAGGACAGCAGAGCUCAGGUUUACUCUGCUGCAAAACAACCCGGCGAGUGUGAAUCUCAGGCUUUGGGAGUUUUGUGCCGAGGACCAAAAGGCUAGAUCUCAUGCAGGGGGUUUGAGCAUCCAAGAUGUUCGGAAUGGAAGAAGUACCCGCAUACUCAGUGCCCCUACUACAUGGUCAGCUGAAACGCUGGGUCAGAUCAAGGACUGGUUGGAAACAUGCCUUUCAUCGCAUGCCCAGUGCGCAAACCGGUCCUCAGGCCGUCUCCCACGGCGUCUGAUAGACGUUUGGUCUACCACCGAGCCGCUGCCGAAACACUUUGAUCAACUGAGUCUUGAAAAUUCUCAGAACAUCCGCGUAGUAGUGUCCGAAUCUCUGCCCCAAGACACAAAGUACCUCACCCUCAGCCACAGAUGGGGCAAUCCACCCAAGUUGCUCCUCACCACCCAGACUCAGUUCCUGCUAAAAGAAGACAUAGUCCCCCAUCUUCUAGCGUGCGACGAAGCAGCGGUAUUCCGCCAUGCCAUCCAAGUCACGCGUGGGCUUGGAUUCCGAUACAUAUGGAUUGACGCCCUCUGCAUCGAGCAAGACAACGGACCAGAGAAAGCAGUUGAUAUCAUGCACAUGGACGAAGUCUAUACCAACUCAUCUUUGAAUCUCUCGGCUUCCGUAGCCAGUGUACUUGACGGGCUAGUCUUUGAUCGAGACUUGUCGUCGAUCAAUCCUUGUCGGGCGACGGUCGUCGUCGAAGCUGGUCAAGAAAGCGUUGCCCUGCAGGCAACUCCCGAAGGGUUUCAUUCCUUGCGGGCUGUUGGACCCCUUUACGAACGAGGCUGGGUGUAUCAAGAGAGGUUGCUCGCACCGCGCAUUGUACAUUUCUUGUCGGACCAAGUGUACUGGGAGUGUCAUGCUUUGGACGCAUCUGAGGUUCUCCCCGAGGGAUAUCAAGAUGGAUUGGAGCGCCAGACACGGGGUAUGGCGGCGAUUACGAAGGGUCUAUCUGCUAACGAACUGGAACUGCGAUGGUUCCGUCUUGUGGAAGACUACACUGCCACGGCUCUGACAUAUCCGGAUGAUCGCCUGCUAGCUGUGUCAGCUUUGGCUAAGCAGUUUUCUUCUGUUGCGAAACGGAACCCGAAUGACUAUCUGGCUGGGAUGUGGAAGGACAGCCUACUGGCUUCGCUGGUGUGGUUGUUGGCUGAAUACGAAGAAGGAAGCGAGCCACAACGGUCAAGUGAUGCUCCGAGGGAAACAGAAGUGGCACCGUCCUGGUCCUGGGCGUCCAUCAUGGAUACAGUAUCAUGGCCUCAGAGCUCUGAAUACACCCGGAUAGUGCCUAGUGUCGAGUGGGUGGACGUCGAGGUUGACCGAACAUCCCAAAAUUUGUUUGACGGCACUAAUCUAUGUCGACUUCGUCUUCGCGGCCAUAUGCGCAAGAUAUGCCGAUACAUCGAGAACGGACAGCCUUGGAUUAGCAUUUCAGGAACAGUCCGGUUCCCGGAAGUAUUGGAGAUUAAUGAGGAAUUCUUUGACCAACCGUUGGCCUUGAGCUGGGACACGUGUCGAGAGUCGGUUGCACUUGCACUGAAAGACGACAGUGAAGGACUGCCUGGUCGGACAUAUUUUCUGCUUCACAUAGGCGCGGAGCAGGCGGCGUACUGUGGGGAUUGGGAGCCCGCGGCAGAGGAGGGUAUGAUUCUUGAAAGGACUCCAGAGCAUGGAACAUAUAGGCGGGUAGGGCAUUUUCUUGUGCCCUAUCUGUCGAUCCAGGAUUAUGAGAGCUUCGAGCUGGCGGGCGCGUUUCAUCGAGGCUUUGAAGGACUGCUGGAUGAGAAUUCGGGUGAUUAUCACGAGCUGGACCCUGAUGGGAGGUCACCUUCACAUCAUACAUCUCAACGGGUAUUCCACCCCUCACCAUAUGAGAUGGCACGCCCUUCGUCAGACCGGCCUCCGUCUCGUUCAAGAAGCCGCUCGCCUUCCCUCGUCAAAUCCUCUUCUCACCCCACUCCCCGCCGCGCAAUCCGCCCGCUACUUCUUCUGGUAGCCCUCAUCAACCUCUCAUGGUCGCUAUACCAACUCCCCACCACCCGCGUGAUCGAAUCCCGGCUCUGUUUUGACCACUACUUCCUCAGUGAUCCCUCAGCCGUUCCCCCGGACGGCACCAUCCCAGAAGAGCUGUGUAAGCUCGAAACCAUCCAGCAGCGCUUAGGGAAGUUGCAAGGGGUGAUGGAGACCAUCUGGGUGGGGGGUGACUUUCUCAUGACGAUUCCUUUGGUGACGCUGGCGGAUCGAUAUGGGUACGGAUUCGUUUUGAGGCUGAACCUGAUCCCCCGCGCAUUUUUGCUGGGGUGGAUGCUGUUUGUUGGGUACUUUAGGUGGCUGCCGGUGGAAUGGGUUGUGCUUGCGCCAACGGGGAGUUGGCUGGGAGGUGAUUGCGUGUUGAACUCGGUGGUGUAUUUUCUGGUGUCGGAGUUGACGGGGGAUGUGGUUCUGCGGGCGACCUUCUUCGCCUACCUCAACGCUACGACUUCCAUUUUCUCGAGUCAGCUUGGGCCUGCUCUGGCAUCAAUGACCAUGUCAUUCAGGCUGUGGCUACCCUUCGUACUAGGACUUGGUCUAUUGUUGAUAUCGGCACCCCUGAUCUCUUUGCUUCCCAUAGCGCCUCCCCCGCACCCAGUUGAACCCCGAGAGACGCAUGAUGAAGAAAGGUCUUCUCUGCCGUCUCCUCAAGCACCACCCAAAUCUUUGCUCUCGCUCUUCAACACACGCCUGUUUUCCAUCCUCUCCCUUCUCACCGCCCCCACGCCCAACUUCGUCUUGCUUCUCGUCGUUUUCUUCCUCGCCUCCCUCGCCUCCUCCGACACGAAGCUCCUCCCCCUCUACAUCACCAACCGUUAUCACCUCCUUCUCUCUUCCAUCGGCUACCUCCUCUCCGUCAAAGCCGUCUUUAAUUUUUUCCUGUUAACCUACAUCAUCCCCGCCCUCCUUCGAAAACAGGCCGGGUACAUGUCUGCUCAUGAGCCCGAAGCCGGUCCCACGAGGACAACGAUUCACAACGCCAAGAUCUGUUUACUUUUGUCGGCUUUCGGCGCAUUGUGCGUCGCCCUCGCUCCUAGUAUUGGCUGGCUCGUUUGUGCGUUGGGGGUGUAUGCACUGGGAAUAGCUCUGCCAAUGUUCACUUUUGGGCUGCUAAAGAGUGAGCAUGUGGUCAAGCAGGUGGACUCUGAGACAGGGGUGGUGUUUUCAGUCGUGAUGCUCGUUCGGACGGUGGGAACGCUGAUGGGGGCGAUGGUGAUGCCCCUGCUGUGGGUGGAAGCGUUGAAGACGGGAGAUCCAGAGGAUUUGGGGCUGCCUUGGGGGGUUAGUGGGAUUAUUUAUGCGGUUGCGAGUGUGGUAUUGCUGGGUAUGAAGGUGGCAGGGUAGAUCAUCCCCUUCACAUAGAAAUUCUGGAUAACUGCUCGGAAAGCAUUUAAAAGCAAAGCCUCAUCCUCUACA